GACACCGUCCACGAGGACAGCGUGGCCAAGCGCCAGGAGCGGCCGGGGGCUUUAAAGGUGUCUUGUGGCAAGUGUGGCAACGGGCUCGGCCACGAAUUCCUCAACGAUGGGCCGAAGAGGGGGCAGUCACCCUUCUGCAUCUUCACCAGUUCACUCCAGUUCAUGCCGCAGUGGAAGGAAACCUCCUUGGGGGUGCCAGCG